UCCAUCUCUCGCAGCUUGCUUCUCAGCCUAGCCCAGCCUCACCAUGGUGGACGCCUUCGUGGGCACCUGGAAACUAGUGGAUAGCAAGAAUUUCGAUGAUUACAUGAAGUCACUUGGUGUGGGCUUUGCUACCAGGCAAGUGGCCAGCAUGACCAAGCCCACUACAAUCAUUGAAAAGAAUGGGGACACCAUCAUCUUAAAAMCACAGAGCACCUUCAAGAACAUGGAGAUCGGUUUUUAACUGGGGGUGGAGUUUGAUGAGACUACAGCAGAUGACAGGAAGGUCAAGUCCACUGUGACGCUGGAUGGAGGAAAACUUGUCCACGUGCAGAAGUGGGAUGGGCAAGAGACUACACUUGUGCGGGAGCUAAAUGAUGGGAAACUCAUCUUGACACUCACCCAUGGCAGUGUCGUGUGCACUUGCACUUAUGAGAAAGAGGCAUGACCCACCAGCAGUGUC